GGUUCGGUUUGGCUUUCCUGGUGACUUGACAGCUGUCACCGUACGCCGAGGUCAAGGGGAAAAAAGCAUGGCUGCAUUGUUUAGAGGGUCGCGAAAUUUAUUGCUAAGGUGGAAUAAGCAUGUCGACCUUGCCUUUGGUAACGUAUCUGUCGUAUGGUCAUUUUUCUUUCCAUUUUUAUACGGUUAAUGUUUAUGUGUGCAGAGCAGAAUGCAGGCGGAACAUUAUCUGCUGCUGCCUGUUAGCUAGCCUGUUAGCUCUCUGAAGAAAGUAUGCCUUCAUUGCGUUAGUGCUUAUGCUAUCAAAGUGUUUAAGUCUGGACACAAUGUCCCCGAGUGAGCCUCUUGUUACGAUGUGCUCUACCCUGCAGUGUUCUGGUGAGAUGUGCUUUGCACAAAUAUAGCUUAAGGAAAACAAUAACCAUUAACAGCUAGUUUCAGCUGGUAGAGAUCUUUAUGGAUCAUUAACUGCUCCUCUUUUAAUAGUUUCAACUGGGUACUGAUUGUAUUUGUCAUCUCUAGGUUUUUCCUGCAGUAUUCCAUAUGUAUUAGCACACUAGCUUUACCAUCAGGACUCCUGUUCACAUCCUGCAAUACAAGACAUAGUAUAUGUAAUGAAACAGCAACAGAGUAUGGAGGAUGAAUGAAUAUGAUCAAUCUCAAAUUUCAGGGACCACCUACAUGAUAUUACAGCCACUAUUUCAUUAGUUCACUACAUAUAAGUGCCUGGUAUUGAAAUGGUUGUGUUGUAGUCUGUUAAAUUGUCUUAGCAUACAGUUCUGUAAAAACCCAGCCUUAAAACACCCAAACACAGAUACAGGACUCCCCCCUCACCCUGAUAAUGCCUGAACAAAGCAGACAUGUCUUUCCCUCACUCCUGUGCAGUCAGUGUCAAAGUCCACUGUAAAGUUGUGCCAACAGCAGUUUUAAACAGCUCGACAAAGCCUUCUUGUGUGAACAUUUCACACUAGCACUAUUCGUAUUUAUGGAAACAGACAAAUAGAUCUUUGAGAGAUGGAAGCCAAGUCUGCAGUAAUGUGUGGACUAAAACUACAGAGCAGAAACAGGCUACAUCAGUGGCAGGAGUAUAAAUUUGACUAGUUUUGGUGUUUAUCUUAAACAAAAAAGAUUGGAAGGUACCACUUUGGGGCUGGGAAAGUACAAGUAAUAAUAGUAACAUCCCUAGAUCAAGUGACAAAGAUAACCAGUUCUUACUACAGUAGUACGCUCAAUGAGUACCACUAUGAUCAAUCCAUGAAGUGUGUUUUUUUUUAAAGUUUGAGUUGGCUGUACUUUGUUAUAUCCUCUUGUACAUUUACACUCCAGUAUAAGAAGGCUGUACACAACAAUCAUAACAUCAAUGUAUGCAACCGAUUGACUAGUAAACAAUGUAGGAAUAGGGAAACUUCUGUAUACAUUUUAGAUAUAUUUUAGACCACUGAAAUUUGUCAGAAGCAGUAUACAGUCAUUAUUCCCCUAAUUUUUUUCUCUUUUUUUCCAACUUAAAAAAAUUUGAUGUAUCAGAAGAUGGAAAUAAUGUGUAAGGAUUGAAGCACAAGAUGGCUGUUCCCACCAAUUUUGCAUCUUUGAUUUGUUUCAGGUUUUAAAGGAAACCACCCCUGAUAAAAUCAAGUUGUUUUAGUGUUGGCUGCUUUCAUAACCUCAACAUCAUCAGUGAAGUAAUGGCAGUAUACAGAAGUAAACAGAAGGGUUGGCAUGGAACUUUCUGUGCAGGCUUCACUUUCCAGGUCUAAUCCUGUUGUAGACGAGGUUCUUGACUCUGUUUAGUUGCUAUUAACCUUGCUGGACCUUGUCUGGGCCAUCAGUGUUUAAUAGCUUGGCCAGACUGCUCAAAAGCUGAUUUUAAGUAAGAGCAACAAGAUUUGCUCUGUUGUUAUUGAUUCUGAUUAGAGCGUCAUCCUCUGGUAUUAGUAAAGUUGUUUUCCACAGUUUCUUUUUAUCUCUGUCAGAGCUUCUCUUCACUACUGUCACAACUUGCUAAAUAUUUAUUGCACAAAUUUUGUCAGUGAAUGGAAGUUCUGUCUAAAAUAUUAAGAGCUGUGAAUGAACACUUUGUGUUGACCUGGUCAUCUGCUAAAUGAUUUGUAUUUAUGCUGUUUUGCACACCUGUAAUGGCUUCCUUGUCAUCCUCCCACAGUGCUGUCACGAUCCAUGGCCUCAAAAACACCAGUGGGGUUUGUUGGUCUGGGAAACAUGGGCAGUCCAAUGGCCAAAAAUCUGUUAAGAAAUGGUUAUCCUGUUAUUGCCACUGAUGUAUUUCCUGAGUCUUGCAAGGAGCUGCAGGAAACUGGUGCCCAGGUAACACUCACAUACUCAAAAACAGAAUUAUUAGAUAUUAAGUCUGAAAUUCAACAUCUCAACUAAGCUAAAAAUACAUUCCACAAGUAUUUGCAAGAUUUUACUGCCUAUUAAGUUGUAGCUAGGCAAAUUUGUGGUCAGCAGGUAGUCAUAAAUAUGAAGUGUUCUGCACACAAAUUUAUUCAUGAAGUUGUGUAUUUUGUGUUGAUAGUGCUAUAAUUUUAUGACACCUUGAUUUCAACAUACAGGUAGUUGAUACACCCGCAGAUGUGGCAGAGAAAGCAGAUCGCAUCAUCACAAUGUUACCCUCCAGUCCCAACGUCAUAGAGGUCUACACAGGUCCAAAUGGCAUCCUAAAGUAAGCAAACCUAACUCAAGACGUAUUUACAUUCGCAAAAAACUCCUGAAAACCUCCUGGAAUUUUCUUGAUGGGUAGCUUUGAUGAACACAAACAGUGAAUUUUUCAACCUGAUUUUGCACAUUUUCCUGCCAUCACCUCAGUCAAAAUGUUUCAAGAAAUCAGAGUGAACCAGAAUUUGAACACAGCAGGAAAUAUCCGGGAUUGCAUUUGUAUUAUGAGACAAAUGCAAACCCGGAAGAGCAACACUUAACAGGAGAAAUACCCCAGAUUGAAAGAGAAUCCUUCUCAAGACAAUGACAGCAAAAAUGUCUUCAUGUCUGUCUGUUUAUAUGGAUAACAUCAUGCCCUAUCUCUGAGGUCCUGGCCUGUUCCCGCCACUUCCUGUGCUCUUCGUGCAACUGAUAAAGUAGACAAAGAUGCACAAAACCCUUUGGGAAAUAUCUGGGGAUGAACAUUUCCAAAAAAAUCCAGGAGCUCAUCUAUGAAAGGGGCUUUACAAACACCAAAUUUGUAAUAUAUUUGACGCAAUUACUCUUAGUUUAUACACUUGACAUGACACGUCUGUGUCUCUUCAGGAAGGUGAAAAAGGGAACACUGCUGAUUGACUCCUCAACUAUCGACCCUGCUGUCUCAAAAGAAAUGGCGCUUGCAGCAGAGAAGAUGGGGGCUGUUUUCAUGGAUGCUCCAGUGUCAGGAGGUAACCUGUCACCCAAAUAGUUUUAAACAUUUGCACCUUUUUAUUGUCUGUCUUUGUCUCCAUGAACUUCACACACAUCUAGCCUUGCUAAUUUGUUUUGUUGUUUGCUCUCUCUGUUUUUUGAAAUGACACAAAAACUCUACUGCAGCCUCUUUCAUUGUUAUUAUUGCUCAUGGUCAAGCAGAUGGAGAUUAAAAUGGGUCUAUAUGGCAGUAUUAAAAACAGAAUCAGACUGCUGAUUUGUUCAUUUGAGCACAGCAAUCAUAGUGUUAGGAUUAUGACCCCCUCAGCCCGACUCCUGAACUGUCUCACACUCUUUUGUAUAUCUAAACUAUGGGACCUUUUGGGUGAGUGCUAGGACACGGAUUGUAAUUACCGAGAGGGCCAGCCAGUGGGUGCCCUCUUGAGGUUUUAUUGCUGCUUUUGACCAGGGGUCUUAAAGGCAAGGUUAAGGUUUGAAGUCCUCAUUAUGUCUGCUGCUGUCUGCUCAUGACGGCUUCUUGACAGAGCACAGGAUCACCAGUCGUCCCUUAAUGGGCUGAGCCGCUGCAGAGAAUCCCGUGUCAGAGCUUUUUCAUGUUGAUGGAGCCGUAAUGGCGGGUAUCCCAUGUUAGUGCCUUUCAUGUCAGAUAAAGAGUCAUAAAGAGGAGAGAAACUGCCCUCACAUGGAGUGCAGGAAAGGAGAGGAGGGAGAUAAGACAAGAAGGAGACACAUUGCAGUAAAACUGUCCAUCUCUGUCCCUUCGUUUUUUGCUCUCACACCCACACAUUCUCAUUCAUUCAGGUAUGCACUAAAGGUAUGCCUCAGCUUACCCCUCCUGUACACCUGACUGCCAAAUCUGAUCAUGCUAUAUUUACUUUUUGUACAAUCUCUAUUCCAUACACAAUACACACUGUAACUCUCAUCCUCUCCAUUACAAACACAGACUGAGCCCACACAGGCAUGUUUACCAGCUGGCGUCUGGAGAACAGACCGACUGCAGUCACGGAGAUCAGAGCCUUAAGCCUGUUCCUCUCCCUUAACACACACUGUUUACAUACUAUAGACAGUGCACGGUUUGUGUGUGCAGUCCUCUGUGAAGGUUCUUCCUCUCUUGUCUCUUUACUAAGCCUUUUUUACUAGCAUGAGAUGACCAAUGAUUUACCUGCUGCCUCUGGCCUCUACAGGCAGCUCUCUAGACUCUCUCCUUUCAUGCACUCAUGCUGCAUGCAUCCGCCCACCCAGCAUCACCUUGGGACAGCCAUAAGUCUUAUCAAUGAGCGGGUUAUUAGUUAAAGGGGAGCUAAAAUUUCUGUAAAUCUGUUCAGUUUAUCAGUGCAAGUAAUCUAUGAGGCAAACUGAAAAGGUCAAGUAGCUUCAGCCUUUAAGUAUUUUCUUUUUGCUGAAGGUUCUGACUACUUUAUGGACAAAACAAGAAGUGAAAAUAAGUCAUCUAAGACUUUAGUGGGGCUUUUUAGGGAAAACAUCAAAUGCAUGUAUCCUAAAUUGAAUGUGUGAAUAGGUUGAGAGGAGACUUUCUUACAGCCUUUGAAUGCAGAAACUCAGCUGCUCUCUGAUCUUUGUGGAGAGGAAGUUUGUCUGAUGGGUUGACCUUGAUAAGCCGGGGUCAACCUCUGGGCAGUAACUUUUUGGCAGAUAAUGGAGGCUUGUGUAGUCCUAGUCGCUUCAAUUUCCUCAGCACUGGUUGGGAUAUAAGGUUACAUGCACUGUUCCUACCAGGAGAUGGCACUCUACCCAAAUAGGGCAUUGUUACACAUGUGAGGUUUGUUAAGGGAGAGGUAUGACUGACAUCAACACAGUUCUCAGAGUAAUACUUAAGUCUUUGAUUGAUUUAUUAAUACUUAUAUAAAAUCUUGUCAACUAAAGAAAUCAGUGUUGCAUAAUAAUAAAAAUGUCUCCACUGAUUUUUUUCAUAUAAAAUCACUUUGCCUCGUAUUUCAGACAGUUUAAAUCAUAAUUCUCAGAACAAAAUGAUUAUCUUUAAAAUGCCUUGGAUAGAAUAAAUUUCAAGAAUUGGAAUUGUCAAAUCAAAAUCUAUUUCACAUCAUGCUCACACAGACUUGAGAGAUCUCCAACUCUCUUAAACUUUUUGUAGACAGUCUGAACUUUUUGUGGUGUCUGCAUUUGUUUUUUUAUUCUUUACUCAGAUUUUUCUUUUGAUAUAAACUGGAUCCUUUCGUGGAAGUGCGGUGUGUGUGGCAGCGUGUUUUACACCGAAAUGUGUGUGUCUGUGUAUGAUGUGUGCGUCACCAGAGGUUUGGCAGCUAACCGUGGGAUCUGAAUAGCAAAGUCAUAACCCAGUUUAAGAAGAGCAUUAAAAAGGAAGCUUUCACUUUCUUCUCAUGGGCUUCCUACAGGCCUCCAGUUUCACAUCUGGGCCACUGUUUUGGCUUUAGGUCUGCUUGAUCCAGCUGUUUACACAUGUAUAAAUUUCAGUGCAGAGUAGUAAUCUCUGUGAAAAAACACUUUCCUGCAUGGACAGAUUUACAUUAGCUCUGACGCUGGUUCUUCAGGCAUGCUUGUCGUCGCUUGCACAGACAAACACACACAUACAAACACACUCCCACCACUGUCUGGUGUCAUUAAAAGCGUCCGCAUGCAAAGUUGACCCACAACAAAACAAGCUCUGAUGUCACAGGCUCAGGGUGUUGGCACAGUGAUGGCAAAAAUAGGAGGUCUGGCUAACAAGCGGCGGGGUCGUUAGCAGUAAUUACCCAGAGUGCCUGUGUUUGUGUCUGUGUGCCCAUGGUGGGCUGCCACAUUGCUAACGGACGAUGGCUUUAAAACGGCCCUAAAAAACCUUUCAUUGUGUUUUUCCCAACGCUGGGAAAGUCAACUAUCGGUGCAAAUGAAAGCAAGAGGGAGCCUAGCUGUUGUGGGACCGCAAGCGCUCGGGCUAAUGCUGCUUGUUUGUGAGGUCUUAUAAUCCCCAGCUAACUACCUAUUUAGGCUGAGUCUCAACACCACUCUAAUCAUAUCCAUACCACAUAAACUGAUGCUGAGUGUUGCAGUGUGUCAUUUGCAGACAGUUUGAGCGUCAUCCUGCAGCCUGUAGGAACUUGUUCAAGCCGAGGCUGGCACCAGUUGGUUCAUCAGUCAUCACUGCCAAUCCACUCAUCUGCUGACUGAUCUAGACUCACUUUCUCCCUCCAGGCCUGAAGGUCCUGCGGCUUCUUACUUAAAGAUCAACUUUGACUAUGAGUGGCAUUUAACAGAGUCAGACUUGAGAUCAUAUCAGGAAGUUGGGAUUAGUUUUUGUCAUAGUUGACUAGUCGCCUACAGCUGUUUUGUUAAAUUUGUAGGCAUUCAGGUUUUUCCUUUUAAUACGCUCGACUUAACCAAGACUAUGUUUCUUAACAGAAUCAUGUAUAAUAGCCAUAUCCUGCAGAUUGAUGUGUAGAUUUUUAAAACACAGAGCCAAAGGGGUUGGUUUAUAAUACGAGGCUGCUGUUUGGAUCCAUUUUUGAGCUUUUCCUACAUUUAAAAUUUUAAGAGACCAUCAUCUGAGCAAAGAUUUGUGACAACAAAAUGUUCAACCAAAGUCUGGCAAACUGUGGUGAGACUGGUGGGCUGGGGGGCAGUUCUAAAAGUCUGGAAAACAUCGCUUAUUUCUUAUUUUUGAAGAACUUGAUCAGACAUGAUUUAUUAUUCCAUGAAGAGUAUUUUUAUAUUUUUAGAACAUGUCUGGAGGAAAUCUUUUUCAAAGGGAUCUUUGUGGCCCAAAAAAACCUUUCCUCUGCUUGUAAGACAAAUUUUAACCACAAAGUAUCAAAAACAACUACCAUUUCAUUUUCCAUUGGUUGACUGAUCAGUGGCUGAUUUUUACAUUUUUGUCAUGUAUUAUUUUAUUGCAGGAACUAUUUUUUUUCCAUCACACCAGUUCAAACAUUAACUACUUCUCACAUAAUACACAUUUCCACCGUUUUAUUUACUUACCCUGUUGUCUUACUUAUCACUCAGCUGUUUUUAGUUUUAGUUUAGUUUAGUUUAUUCACACACAUUAUCACUAUAUAUAUCACAAAUAUAAAUUACAUAUAUACAUUACAUAUAAAUACAUAAACACAUGUACACUGGAAAUUUCUCAGUGACUGAACGUGAGGAAAGAGUGACCCCAAGGAAGCUGUUUAAAGCUUAUAGCAGGGGGCCCAAUUACCCACCAAUAAAAUGGCAACAAACAUGAUACAACAACAUACUACAACAUACAUAACAAACACAUAAAUGAUCCAAGUGUUGUGGUUUAAUUUGGAAGGUGUACAGAUGUAUUUAACAGAUUAAUCAAACACUAUCAGGAGUCGCACUUUUAGUUUUUUUCUUGAAGAUACAGAUGGAAUGUGACGUCUUUGACUUAUUGUCGAGCUCAUUCCAUAUCUCUCUGCACACGGUGCUAAAGCUGGUACAUUUUAGUCUUCAAUCAGAUACUGUCAAAUACUUGAUCCUGAUCCGUCAAAACUCCAUAGCAUCAGCAUUUCUAAAUAGCAAGAGUGACAGUAACAACCACAUCAUGUCAAACCAGUCCACAGAAAGCCUGAUAAAAUUUUUGAUUUCACCUCAUCCUGAUAAAAUUGUGGAAAACGUCAGUUUGAAACAGCCUCAGAAAAGCACAUAGAGGAUUUUUUUUUUAUCAGUAUUUGAUUUAUUUGGAGAGUAUCAAUCUUUAAAUUGCUGGUUAGGAAAAGAAGAUGAGAAGUUAGGGGGAAAAAAGCACAAAAAUUAGUGAGGGAUAUCAGAAGCACACAGAAGGCUGAGAGAAAGAGACGUUAACAAAAUUGAAGAAAACAGACAUGGACCAGUCAUAAACCACAACAAAGUUUGGUCUUUGGCAGUGUGACAGGAUUGUGGAAAAAAAUGUUUCCAAAGCAAAAGUUACAGGGUAGAGGAGGUUACUUGAGUGUUGGUGAGAAAUUGAGAAUUAAGAAUUGUUUUAUUACAGAUGAUUUCUUUAAACAUCUGUCUUGUUGAUGCAAUCAGAUACAGGUUUCCUGUCAAAAUGAAAUGAAUCUGGUUUUAGAUCCUGGAACAACAAGGCUUCAGAGAUAUUCUGUUGUGAAGUAGGCACUUCCUAUAAAAACAGUUGACUUAGUAUGUUGUGAAACCUGCCAGGUAACUCCGGUCAGUAAACGAGAAAAGGUCAUUCUUAUCAGUAUAAUCCAGUCUGAGAAUGGGAUUAAUGAAGAAGUGAGUCUCUAAGCAUUAAGGCAGUUCAGUGACGGUUCAUGAUGAUCCUCUGUCUCUCACUUAAGGAGUCAGGUCGGACGGGCAGGAGGGCGGUGCUGUUGUAUUCUGUCAAGUUGAUGGCUAACCAGCACCAAGGAAAGCGUGAGCGGUCCAAAGACUCGAUUAGCAUAACAAGCCUCUCACUGACGGGAUCGGGUGACACAUAGACAAGGGGGAUGAGGGGGGUGGGCACCAGUGGGAGGGGAGGGGAGGGUGACCAGGGACGGUGGAGAUAGAGGGGAAGUGAUGGGGGACUCUAGCCCUAUGGUCCAGAUGGAGGUGGACCGACAGCAGCUGGGGACUGGCUCUCAUGUCCCUGCCCCUGUGUCAGCUGCUGUGUGUGUAUGUGUGUGUGUGAGUGUGUAGACAAAUAGUCAGCUGGCUAAUGAGUCAUACAGGAAAGUCUCUGUCUGUCAAAUGUAGCCCACACGUCAACCUGGGUGUCACUCAACUAAAAGCAAAUUAUCUGUUUGUGUGGGAGCACUUGCAGCACCUUUUUUUCCUGUGUGUGUGUGUUUAUGUGGUGUGUGUGUCCCUGCCUGCAUAGAGCCUAAUUGGGGAUCAUUAUUAACUUGCUCUCUCCUCGAUGAGUCUCAUUGGGCCAGGGGGAGGAUUGAUUGUGGAUCUCUCUUGCUCCCUGCAGCCUCUGUCACCUACCAUUGACCAGCCCUCUCCCUCUGCAGAACAGAGCCGCUACUACUGAUGAUGAUGAUGAUGAUGAUAAUGAUGAUGAUGAGGCCUGGCCUGUUGGUCAAUUCACAGGCAUUGCAAACUAAACCCCUUUUGGCUGUGUAUAUGAGAAACUCUGUUGAUGCUGUAAACUGAAUUCCCCUCUUUUUUUCAAAAACCCAAACUUUUUCUCUCCCCGCCUGAAGUUCUCAUGGAGUAUUUGUGUGCAGGAGUUGGUUCUCAUGGCUCUGCGCUCGUUAACUUUAGCCGAUAAAGAGUUUGUUUUUAACGCAACAGAGGAACAUUAGCAAAGUUGGCAGCUUUAGUGUUGAAAGUGCUUUUUUUUGCAUCACUGGCACCCUCGUGUCAUUUCUUUUAUUUACUCGAUAUCCGUUAUGUUUUUUACAGGGCCUGUUUGGGUUUUUAUUUCGUUUGAGAAAAACUUCUGCCCUUGCGUGUAAUUAUAAUGGUGGACCACAGGAGGCUGCGAUGUUGGCCUGUAAACAUCCCACCCCCACUGGCUUACUCUGCAAGCAGCCAUCUCCCAUUGACUACAGGCUGUAAGUGUGAAGUCUCCUCUCAGCCUGAGUUAUGGAUGCAUACACCAGAGCCAAAGACUUGAACCCCACAUGUGCUCAAAGUUAAAAACUAAGUAACAAACAAUGCAAACUACUGCCAAAAGUAGACUUUGUUUACAUCAACUGCUUUUGGACCAGAAGGUGUGAAAUGAUUUCUGGCGUUUCUUGAAGAAAGAGCGGGAAAAUGAUCAUUUUCGGAAAUGAGGUGUUCGGAGGAGCUGUGAGGAUAUUUAAGGUGUUGUUUUGCUCCGAGUGUUUUUCCGUUUAUACUCUCAGGAAUAGAAAAAAAAGCAGGGUUGUGGCUCCUUCUCAAAUGCGUCAUUCAUUACCAAACUCUGGGAACAUCCCUUUUUUUUUGUGCGAGUAUGUGUGUCCAUGUCCCUGUAUGUGUGCGCGCUGUUUGCGCCGCCUCAUAUUCACAAUUGUAGUUUCAUUUAAACCCACCACCCAUAAAAAGUGCCUACUGGUUAACAUGCGGCUCGUAACUCCGAGACGCAGCCCUCAGAAGCUCUAAGUGACGUCUUAUUGGCGGCCGGUUCUGGGAUCUGCACCUGUCCUUGGUACACACACACAUGCGCAGAUACUACAUGCGCAUGUACACAGACAUUCUCACUUACUUUGUGCACACACACGCACCACUUCAAAAGGCUUUAAAGGUUAUAAGGCUGUCAUGACUUGCUUUGGUUGACUCUUUUGUGCGUAAUGAAAGAAGUGCUAAUGAAUUAAGUGUUCACUACAAACAGGCCAAACCAAAGUCAUUCCUCUGAUCUUCCUCUCUCCCUUCACACAACAGAAAUCACCCUCUUAUGUUCACAGUUAAUGCCUGUCGUCAAAGCCGGCUGUUAAACAUCUGCCCUAAUAGUGCCUGAUUGCCUGCUCAUUAACUUGAAGCUUGUUAAUAGAGGAGAUCAGAUGAAGGAGAUGUCAAUAUGUGUUUGUAAUUGAAUGGAAGUUAACUUGCGGGGGCCACACACAACCAUGAACGCACACUCUCACUGUGUGGUGCCUUCUCAUGCGUCAUACAACAUAUUGCAGGAGCCACUUAUUUCUCCUCUCCUCCUCCUCUACCUCACUCUCUAUAUGGUAGAAGUCAGAGAGUAUCUCAUUAGUAGUCUCCGACAGCUCCAGCAUGCUCCAACUGUAUUUGUAUCUGAGGAUUUGGGGUGAUGUGAAAAGGUGGGCGCCCACUCAUCAACCAACCAGAACUCGUCCCUGGAGUCGGCUUAGAGAACGUGAGCGAAGAAAGGGGUGGCUGUUUCAUGAGGGAAUCAUUUCCCAUGACACUAGAUCAUACUUUUGUUUUUCGUCUUUUUCACCUGAAAGAGGUGGUCGUAUAUUCUGAUGUUAAGCGCUCCAUAUGCUCAAUUUGCCAACUACUAUAAUGUGUGCUGCUUCGUCCAUAACUUUCUAUUUUCUGGAUUUCUUUUUAGUAUUUGAUCCCUCCAUCUCUCUACCCUGUAUCUUCUAUCUUAGGACACCCCCCUGCACAGGCACACACACACACACACACACUUGUACAAUCACACACACACUUUCACACACACACAACAUGUCUCUCCCCCUAGGGGGCGUUGUGUAGUUGUGCAGUGCUAACGAUCCAGGACUGUCACUCCCGCUGGGAUGGAUGAGCCGGCGGACCCGGCGCUCGGGAAGCCUCAUUAGGAUUCCUUUUUAAUCCGUCUCUGACAGGACUAGUCCGAGAGCAGGACGUCCCUUCACACACAUACACACACACACACACAUGCACCCACACGUGCACACACAUACAGUACAUGUUAUGCUCUGCAUAGACACUAAUGUAGAAUUACACAUCACACACCGACACACAAAAUGCACUUUUGCGCACAACUAACAGACUCACUGAAAGCCUCAACACACACCCACACACACACUCACACACACACACACAUUGUUAUGCUAAUGAUGUGUUAUUCUUCUACCAGCUAGGAUCUUCCAUCAUCCUGGUGUCACUGCAUAUAGAAAUCCACUACAGAUCAUAAGAGCUUAUUAUGGGUGAUUAGUUAAUUUGAGGGAGGGAGAGAUGGGAGGGAAGCUGGGAGGUAGGAAGAGAAGGAUCGUUUCUCUUUCCUGCUCUCGUCUCCACAUCUCUCUCUCUCUCUUUCCCUCUUUCACUCCUUUUUCUCCCUCUCCCUCUUUCUCUCUUCAGUGAGAUGUAUUGAUCAGCGCGCUGACUGUGUUAUCAAUAAUCUCCUCUUUAGUCGCCCGCAAAACAGUGAUAGCCUCUAAUGAACCAGCACAGUUGUCACACUGAUCUUUCUGUGUGUGUAUCUCUGUGUAUGUGUGUAUUAGCCUGUGUUUUUGUGUUUCAUAUAUGUAAUAGAAGACCGUCACGAUAUCAGAUUUUCACCUCACGAUUACCAUGAUCUUGAUUCAUCUGGAAAACGGCAUUAUUUAUGAAAAAGAAACCCAGCUAAAUUAGUCAGAUUGGGGAAAGGUAAGACAAGGAUGGAGACACACAGUACUUCCAAAACUUUGCUAACACAUAGUGGUCGAAUGAUCACAGUUUUUCAACAGACGCCGAUAUUGAUUAUGACAGAGAUGGUCAGCUGAUGGCAGACAUUAAAAGCUGGUACACACUAGUUUUAUUUUUUUGCAUUUUACAAAAAUACAUCAAUUUUUUAAUACUAACAAAAAAAGUUUCCUUAACAUGAGUGAACAUUUUAUCAGAUAAAUGCAGAUACAAUAAAAGUUGGCUCAAUAAAAAGUGUCACAAGAGAGUUUGAGGUUUUUUGUCCUGCAAUAUGAAAUUGUAAGGAAAGAAAAAUUUUCUAAUUUAAAUACUGCGGUUAAAAAAUUAAAGUCCAGGAACAUGUCUCAGGUGAAUUUUUAACCAAUCAAUGGUAAAACACAUAUUUCAGAUAUUGGUCAAGAAAAUGGCUGCUAUUGCUGUCAAUACUAAACUGCAUUGAUCUACUCAUCAUAGCAGAAUUUCAUACAAGACACUAGCCAGUGACAGUUUUAGAUUUGAUCUGCUAUUAAACUGUGACAAGACAAACAGUUUUUUAGUGUGAAAAGGUAACAGUGAUAUCAGCCAUGUGAGAGCCAAUGCCAGUAUGAUGCCGGUCAUGUCAUGAAGCCAUAUUAAUUGUCCAACUGAUAAAUCAAUCUAUCUUUACAAAUAAACACAAUUAAUUUGCAUGUCAUACUGCACUCCUAAUUAAGUUCAAAUUUUAUCCACAUCACCAUCCCUCUGAUUUAAACCUGUCUGGAGAAGAUGUUGCCCCAUUAAAGGAUUCUUGUUUUGUUGUCUGUCUUACAUUUAGGUUUCUCUAUUUCCUGCAUUUUAAAAAUGUGCUUUUAGUUUAAAGUAUGCACAGGUGGGUUGCAGACCUAAAUGAAAACAGUUUAAAAAAGCAGCUACUUCCUUUAUGGUUAUCUUUUGCACAAUAAUCAUAUUUUAUUUUUUAUAGUUAUUUUUAGUUAUUUUCAAAUCUGGCAUUUUUCAACAACUGGGUUUACACCUGCACACUCCCAAAGUGCCACUGAAAUCUCAAACCUAAACCCUCUUCUCACUGCAGGAUGUUUCAGUCGCCUUGCACCUACAGUGGACAUAAAAACUCUAAAAAAAAAUGUGACUGAGAAAAAUCAUUUUAGAGCUUUUCCCAACUUUAAUGUGACCUGCAACCUGUACUAUUGUACUCAAUUGAGACAGACAGACAGACAGACAGACAGACAAAUAGAUACAGAUAGAUAGAUAGAUAGAUAGAUAGAUAGAUAGAUAGAUAGAUAGAUAGAUAGAUAGAUAGAUAGAUAGAUAGAUAGAUAGAUAUUAAAAUGACUUUUAAAUCUCUUAAAAUAAUCACUAUAGCUGCCAUAUUUAUGUAUUAUCUGCUUAACAGUUUUAUUCAUUAGGCUCCAACAGAUGAAGUCCAACAUUUAAGGCAGGAUCAAUCAGACACUGUCAAGUACCAAGAAAGUAACUGAGUCUGUUCCAUCCUUGGUCUGUGAGCCAUAUGUGUGUAUGAUUGGUGUGUGUGUCUGCCGUAUGUUAAGCGUGUGUAUGCCGGUGUUCACAGGCAGCUGCCGCAGCGUGGGCCUCGGGCUUCAUUAUGUGGCCCUAACGACCUGCUGACAGCUCAACACUGACUCACACACACUUACAGUGCAGCAGCAUCAUCAUACACUUGACAACUGAACAGCCAAUUAAAGAAGGGGGAGGGGUGAGAGAGAUGUAUAUUUAUGUUUAUGAGUAGUAGAAACAUGCAGUGAAGAGUUCCCUCACCUUUCCCCCUGUUUCUUCUUCUGCAGUGAGGUCUGAAAAUGUGACUUCAGCUGUUUUGUCCCCAGCAGUUCUCUUUAAUUAUUAACAGCGACAUUAUUAGGCUUUCACUAUUAAGAGGCCUUUCAUUAGAGCAGGACGACACCCUGAAGACAGAGUGAACUCACUCCCUCUCUCCUUCUCCUUUUUUUCCUGGGCUAACUGAAAAGUCGGCCACUUUGCAUGAGCGUUAGCAGCCAUUAAAGUUCUGCUGUACUUUUCUAGUAUAGUAUUAUGAGUUAGUUGAGCAUUAUAGUUGGUUUUCUCCUUUGUGAGAGCCAGAGAACAGAAGAUGAAUAAACUAGAUUUGAGUGACUGAGUUAUUUUAGGGAUAUUUAAUGAUCCAUUUUUGGGACACAGCCUCUGCAGAAGGGACUCAGGCUGAUGGGGUCCAUCCCACUCUGAAAGGGGUUUAUUUCUCUGCAUAAGGACCCUGUGGAGCUGUGUGUGUGUGUGUGUGUGUUUUCAGAGAGGAAGGGGGGGUGUGAGGUUGCCUCCUACAACAUGGCACGCUCCUUAAGCCAUCAGGCAUGGGGAGGGACGCCUAAUUGAACAUGAUAAAGUGUAAAGUUAAUUACCCCUCACGCCUGUCACUGAUACCCCCAUGAGGGUGGCUGGCCUCGGGCACAGCUGUUGGUGGUUGUGUGUGUGUAUAUGUGUGUGUGAGAGAGAGAGAGAGACAGAGGGAGUAAGGAGGGAUAGGACAAAAGGAGAAAGCUCCCAUGAGGGUUGUGUAGUGGAUGAUGGCAACAAUCGGCUUUUAAAGAUACCUCUGUCCCUCUGGUGCAUCACUACUUAACACUUCUGUCUCACUAUGAGACAAACACACACCAAGUGCACAACUGACCUUUGAGACACAGUUUUUAGUGUUGAAAGAGUCAAGUGGAUGACGUAUUAUGUUUUCUAUAUAUUUUCGAUGGAAACGUCUGUUUGAUUAAUCUGCACUUUCUCAGAGUUUAACUAAAUUAAAGUCAUAAUUCAACCUUGUUCUGCAGCAAGUUAUUGUUGUUCAAGUUGAACAUUUAUGAUUGAUAUGAAAGUGCGCACUCUUCUUCGUCUCAGCUGACGUGUCUGAACAUGUGUUUUGUGUGCAGGCGUUGGGGCUGCCAGCAUGGCCAAACUGACCUUCAUGGUGGGUGGAGUUGAGGAGGAAUACAACGCCGCACAGGAGCUGCUCACCUGUAUGGGAGCCAAUGUGGUGUACUGUGGACAGGUUGGCACAGGACAGGUAAAAGAGUCAUGGCUCACAGAGUCUGUGUGUGUUCUCUUCUGCUUUUUCUAUGAAGAACUAGGUCAAACUCAUCUCCUUUUACUUUGAAAUGAUUUUCUUCACCAUGCAAACCCCCUGUUAAGAUCUGGGCUGAGUGACUUCCUUCAAUGGUCUUCCUGCUGGUUCUGAGUGGAAAUUUGACCAAGAAUUUUUCUUCCUUAAGCACCACCAUUGUUUUAUCAGGGUUCCUAUGCAAGUAUGGAAAGUAUGGAAGGGUAUGGCAAUAAAUUUGAUCAACUUCCAGGUCUUAAAAAGUAUGGAAAAUGAAAAAUAAAGUAUGGAAAAGUACUUAUGUUUCCAGACUAUUACCACAGUUCUAAAAUACUGUUUCUAAAAUAGAAAAAUAAUUCUAAAAAUUAGGGUAUGGAAAUUCUAACUGUGUAGGAACCCAGUUUUAUUGUCCUGGUAUAAAAAAUUCAUUUAUUUUUAUUUUUUUUAUCCCAGUUCUGACUUUGAUCAAUCAAAAAAAGCUCUGCUGAUCAGCUGCAGGAGAUACUGUAUCUACAUAAGUACCCUCUGCUUCAUUGCUUUGCCUCCAGCAUAUUUUGUUUGCUUUUUCUGAUUCGUGUAACAAAAUUUCCAACUAUAUUCUUUCCAUUCAUUUGGUCAAAAUUGAAAUAAGAUAAGAUACAGUAUACCUUUAUUAGUCCCAAAGGGGGAAAUUCCAAAAAAUUACAGCAGCAUAGAUCCAAGAAAAAAAGAGUAAUUAAAGGAUAAAGACAUUUAAAGUUAAGUUAAGAAAAAGAUAUUUAUAUGAGUUCUUAUACACAUGUGUACAGACUAUACAUAUCAUAUGAUUUAUUGCACACUGAGAUUUCUGUUGUGGAGUUUGACAGCUGCAGGAAGGAAUGACCUGUGAUACUUCUCCGUCACACACUUCGGGUGGAGCAUCCUUUCCCUUAGUGCAGUGACUCUCAAGUCCAGUCCUCGAGGCCCACUGUCCUGCAUGUUUUGGAUGUUUCUCUGCUCCAACACACCUGAUUCAAAUGAUCAGCUCGUUAUUAAGCCAUUACAGAGCUUGAUAACGAGCUGAUCAUUUUAAUCAGGUGUGUUGGAGCAGGGAAACAUCCAAAAUAUUUCUUUAAUUUGAGUAACUUUGAUGCAAACUGUAUUUACCAACUAUACAUACUGCAUGCAUGUACUGACUCAUGGCUGACUUAGACUUAUUAAGUCUGUUGAAUAAUUUCUAAUUAUGUGUUAUGUGUUUCUUUUUAAUGUCGAGGCCAUAAUGUGUAUGUACUUCAUGUUUUAUGUACAGGCUGUGUUGAAAUUCUCCUCUUAUUCACACAGCUAAAUUGGCUUCUUCUGAUCUGUUCAAUCCUCUUUAGGCAGCUAAAAUCUGCAACAACAUGCUCCUGGCCAUCGGGAUGAUUGGCACCGCAGAGACCAUGAACCUUGGCAUCAGGUACUGUGAUGGUCUACCUACCUGUUCCUACCUGUUUGUCUUGUCAAAUAUUAAGAAUAAUGUGCCAUGUUGUUUAUGCAGGUAAGGUUAACAGAGCUACAAGAGCAGAACAUAGAUAACAUUUCUGAGACUGAGGAACAGACUGAGCUACUAAUAUGAAUACACUCAACUUCAUCUUUCACCAACCAAACCCUUCGAGCAACACGCAGACAUAGCUUGAAGAAACAGGUUCAGUUGAUCCAGUUUGGUUUCGCUCCUGUGUUGAGAGAUGUGGAGCAGCUGACUUCUCAUUCUGAGUCGACAAAAUGUUGACCUUUUUUUAACAUGUGGUUGUAAAAAGAAAAGCACCAUGAACUUAAAGGUGGCACGUUCACCGCGUACACAUUUUCACAAUUACACCACUUAGAUAUAGCUGUCACUGUGAAGGAAUUACUAAACCGGUGAUGUAGCUGUAAGAGUGGCUGAAAUUUACUACUGCCUUACAUGUUUGGAAGCGUGCGUGUGUGUGCGUGCAAAGGGGUCAGCCCAGCCCCGAGUCAGAGCCGCCUCUGCUGGAAAGAGAUGGAUGAGUGGGCGGAGCCAAAAGAUCUGAUUUACAUCUGCUGAUUGAGCUCUCAGCAGAAUCUUGUCACAGCCCUGUCACUGAACACCGCCUAGAAAUCACAUCAUUCAUGCCUUACUUAUGCACAGACCCUUUUUUGUCCAGGACACUGAGGAUGAUGGGAUUUGAAGUCCUCUGGUUCUGAUUUUUUACUGAUUUAGAACAAAAAGAUCACCAAAGAAAUAAAACUUAGAAAAAUCGUUGCAUUUAAAACUUAUUUGUGCGAAUUUCCCCUCUAGAUUUUUUUGUUUUCUGAAUAUUUACUUGCGUUUUUGCACACCAAGUGAAAAACCAUCAUACUGGUUAGCAAUAAAAGAAGUGUAAAUGUAUUAUCUACUCUAUUUAUAUGUUUCUAUUGUUAAUAAUAGACUACCACCUUUGUCCACGGUCUUACUAUCAUGUGUUUUUAUGGGUUUUACAACUUAAAAGAUGCUCUCACCCUGUAUUAUGUGUAUUUGAGUGUGCGCACGUACAAGAAUUGCCCUUCUCACAGUGCAGCUGUGUUAGUGCAGCUGAUUUAUCUGUGCCGAGACAGAGGAGGAAAAUUGGCAUGAGCAGUAGCACAUAAAUCCCCCCACUAGGCCUCUGAAAUAUGGAGGCAUUAAGGGAGCAACACAGAUUUACACAUUGCCACACUGUCUCUGAUGCACACACACUUUCCCCCCUCAGAUUUACAUCCACAGACACUGAGGACAGCAGUUUUCUACUAAAGUACAAAAACUUCUUCUCGCUGCAUAUCAUUGUGAUGUAUGCAAAAGGACAAAGGAUUAUAGCAGGAGCAGUUUUACUCUUUAAAUUUGAAUUUGGAGAUUUUUUUCUUCAUUGUUUCCAAGCUGACACAGAUUCAGCUCUGAUUGUUUGCAUACAUGGUGUGUGUGUGUGUGUGUGUGUGUGUGUGUGUGUGUGUGUGUGUGUGUGUGUGUGUGUGUGUGUGUGUGUGUGUGUGUGUGUGUGUGUGUGUUUCCUUGUUCAACCCCUUCUCACUGGCCAAUCUCUGGGGCUUUAUUAUGGGGUUUGACAAAGACUGUCAUCUUUUAAAGAGAGCCCACACCCGUAAAUCUCCCAUGCUGCAUUGCAGCCCGGUCUCUUAUGCAGAGAAGACACACUCUUAUGUGUGCUCACUUGACGCUCACACACAUGAAACAGUCGCACACAAAGGAGACGGAGCACUCACAGCCAAUUUACAGGAAAACGGCAAUAACAUUUUAUCAUGUUGGACUUGGGCCUGAUAGAGCUGCCCUUUCUUUCUUAUAUGCGUGUGUGUGAUAUGUGUGUGUGUGUGUGUGUGUUUCGUCUUACCUGUUCAGACACACAAACAGACAUGUUCCCGCACACACACCGCUCUGUUCGUGGAGCUAAUUUGUUGAUCUCAGAUGGAAGCUCGGGCCGUCUCCAACAGAGCGUGACGUUCUCUUAGUGAAAGGGAUGGCUACGCAUGACAAUUAUGAACACGCACACACACACACACACACACACACGCCGCACCAUUUUUCCUGUCCCUCUCUUUUGGCUUUUUUUCCUCAUCCCCAUUUGCCUUCCCUCCUCAUUUUAUUCCCUUAUUUUAAUCCCUUCAUCUCUUUCCUUGCCCUCCAUAAUUUCUGCAUGCAGUCAACCAGUGAGCGAAAAAAGGAGGAUGAAAAGCCGCAGAGUGUCUGAUAGAGAGGCUGCAGGGAUUUUAAUGAUGCACGAGACAUGAAAGGAGAGGAAGAAAACAUGACCCAGGAAGUGAUAUGAGUUUUUGAUUUUUUUCUUUUUUCUUACAGUGAAGAGUUCACCUUGCACACCUGUGUACCUGCACUCAUUCAUGCAUCCAUAACAUUGAAGCUAGAGUAGGAACACUCACAUUUUUUUAUGGGGGCAAAAAGGCAAAUCAAAAGAGGUUAACAAGACGAGCCUUUGUGUUGACAGACAGAAAUAGGUUCCACACAGCACACACACAUAAGUACAGACACUCUGCUCUGCUCUCCUUGUGAAAUGAAUUGUGAGCAUAUGUUGAGAUGACGAUUAAAGUUGGGUGAUAAACAUGUUUGUUGGCUCUGUAAAUGAGACAUUGUAUGCUCGUGUGUGUAGACUCGUUAGCUCUUUAAUGCAAUAAUAAAUGGGGAGCGGGGCUGGCUUCCUCUCUUGUGGCAUCAGACGAGGACGAGGAGCUAAUCGGGAUGAAGCAGUCAGUUAAUAUCAGAGCUGCAAAUGGACUCCACCUGCUACAUAAGCACAUGAACGCCCUCCUCUCCUUUUGUCAUCUCCAUCUCUCUCUCUCUCUCUCUUUAUCCCUCUCUCGUUUCUCGAACCUGCGGCGGAAUCACACAGCAACACGUCUGUUUCACUGUCCGUGUCUUUGUGUGCUUAUCCAUGUCAAUCUUGUUAAAGCGUGACAUGUCCUCUUCUCCACGCAAAUUACCGCAGGCGAAGAACAACACCACUGCGUCAGCUAAUAACCACAACUGUGUGUGUGUGUCGAAGAGGUUGUGUGUGUGUGUGCGUGUGUGUGAUGGGAGCAGGAGGGGAACUUCAUUGAUUUAUCGUUAACAGAGGACAACAGCUCCCCGUCAGCGUCUCUGGUCGCUAUAACAAACGAUCUGCGCGCUCGGACGCGCUUUAUUGUAGCUCAGCCAGUAACCUUUUCAGCUGCUGACCCAGAACGCUGGGAGGGGCUGCCUGCUUAUGUGUGCGCGCUAAGAGAUGGGGGGUUUUGUGCACGAUGUCAAACAUAUGUCCCCCAGAGUCCUCAGACAGGGAGGUGUCAGCAGGGUGGAUGAGGGGGGGGGGAGUAGGAAGAGAAGGAUGGCGAGGGGAUGCUUGCAGACAUAAACUGAAAAAGCGCCAUCAGAGAGAGAGAGACUGCAAGCUGAAACACAUGUUUACGCUCACACACACACACAUGCACGCAUGCUGUGUCACUUAUGCCACAUUUCCAAAACAGUUUGUUAAGAAAAACAGGAGCGAGGCUGAGCGGACACAAAAGAGAUGAAGGGAAAGGGUGGAGGGAGCGACAUGGAGAGAGUGUAAAUGCAAUUCCCUUUCUUAAUUAGUUAGUAGACAGCUAAUAAAAACUGUGGUUGUAAUGGCAGAAUGAGAGCCAGGUGGAGGGAGGGAGGGAAGGAGGGGGGAGGCUGCUGGCCUUAAGGACCUAUGAUGGUUUAAUAGUCAUAUUGAGAGCAGAAUAGAGUUACAGGCCUGUAAGUAACAGUGAGCUGAGGCAGCCAGGGCUUGAUGUGGGCUGCUUUACACUGGCCUUUAAACCGUUAAUACACAAAAGCUGCACUGCACAGACACAGACGCUACAGUUACACCCUCUCUGUACUGUAAUAGCCGGCACUCUGUUUCACUCCCUGCCUCUGUCUGCGCUCUCUUUGUCUCCUUCGCCGUCCCCUGCCUCUUAUCAGAGCUGAGAGAUUUUCGUUCCUCUUGCAUAUGAAAGUGGGUUGCGGCAAAAAUGGGGGCAGUAGAAAGCGAGAGCCCGCACUCCUGGAAGUGACAGCGAGGUUUAUGGCUCCUCUGUGCUGCUUAACCACUUCUCCUCCACCGCCACCUCCUCCACUUUUCAUGAAAGAGGGGAUGAUGAAGGAUAGAUGUGCUGGUAAACAUCAAUACUGCAUUAGCCGGCAUUACAAAGCCUUCAGCCAUUAACACUGAGGGAUGGUCGUAGUCUAGCAUAAGGUUCAACGGGGGUCACGGCAAUCACCAGCAGCCCCACACCCGACUUUUUCCAUGUGUUUCCUCAGCUCUGAAAAAUUAUUUCCAUAAUCAGCACUCUUAUUUCUCCCAUCUGUUUGUCCCUUUUCUACUGAACUCUAAACCCUUACACCAGAAAAGCCUCAGUGAAAAACUCUAAAUGUUGCAGUCAAAUUGCUCCUCUAAAUUGUUCGAUUUACACGCAGCCUUUGAAGACAUGCUAACUUCUUUCUUCCUGUUUUUUCGCAGACUGGGUUUGGACCCAAAGCUGCUGGCCAAGAUCCUCAACAUGUCCUCGGGUCGUUGCUGGUCAAGCGACUCGUACAAUCCCGUCCCUGGCGUCAUGGAGGGAGUCCCCUCUGCCAACAACUACCAAGGCGGCUUUGGAACCACAUUAAUGGCCAAGGUAACGACCUUAUUCCUGUCUGUUGUGCUAUUUUGUGAAUAUUUACCAGCAUCUGGCAUUUUUGGGAGCUGUUUGAAACAAAAAGUUCUCUUCCUGGACUAAUCUCAGGAUCUUCUUUGAUUUGAAGGCUUUUACUGCCUUUAAAUGUCAGAAAAUUGUCAAAAAGGCCUUUAAAAUGCAUUAACUCUAAGCUGUCUUUACAUUGUUUCCAAACAAUCCAAAUCUACAGAUUUAAAGGAACUGUUGGGAGUUUUUGACUGGUUGAAAAACAGACUGAAACUGAUACUUUCAUCACCUUCAAAAGUAAAUGAGACCAUCAGCAAAAAAAAAUUGAUAAUUUCACUGUAUGACAUUUAAUGCUUAAAAUCACUCUGAGGUAGCAGACCUGGGGUCCGUUUCACGUAGCAGGUUUAGUGGAAACUCCGAGUUUGUUAACCCUGAAAUCAGGGAAACUCUGAGUUUUCCGUUUCACAAAGGAGGGUUAGUUAAACCAGGGAGAGAGGGGUAACUCUAACCUGUUUCACAAAGAGCGGUAACUCAACCUCGCGGUCAGUUACCACAGUAACAGACUCCGUGAACCUAACCUGCUCGGGAGCAGGUUUAACUCAGUAAACCCAGAGUUUCAGGUGAGACAUCGGCAUUUUCUCAUUUCGAUCAUGUUUUACAUUGUCAACUAAGUAUUAAGUGACAGUUUGAUCCCUUAAAAAAAUGCUCUUUUCACACUCAAAACUGAAUUUUACUCUCUUAUUAUGUUCCGUUAAAUGAUUAGGAAUAUUAAACUAACACAAAAACGGGUGGUGGUCCAGCAGCCCCACCUUUAACGGAGGCAGAGGAGCUGCCCCCCACCCCACCCCGUUCGACGAUCGCGGCCGGUCCGAUCGCAAAUCCCCCCCCCCCCCCCAGACACACACACACACACACGCACACGCACACGCACACACACCAGUCUGACGAUCGCUGCUACGGGGUGGGGGUUGCGAUCGUCUAAGGGGGGGGCAGCUCCUCUGCCUCCGUUAAAGGUGGGGCUGCUGGGCCACCACCCGUUUUUCUGGCAUCUGCCCUCUUUCUGUUUGCUGAGUGAAAGUCUAAUAUUGAGUGUAGUGUGUGUUAGUUUAAUAUAUGUACAUAUACAUACUGAGAGUUAGUUUAAUAUUCCUAAUCAUUUAACGGAACAUCAUAAGAGAGUAAAAUUCAUUUUUGAGUGUGAAAAGAGCAUUUUUUAAGGGAUCAAACUGCCACUUAAUACUUACUUGACAAUGUAAAACAUGAUCAAAAUGAUUCAAGCAGUUUCCCUGCAACAGUCUGUCAUUGUGUUUGCACGAGACUAGAUUUAAAGUUACGCAUUGACGCGAGCAGCGAUUUCCUCCCAUGCCCUCUCCCUCUCCUUUGCAGCUGCUGCUGUAUUGCACUUUCUUUUAAAAACGUGCUGUCAUUCGCUGUUGGCUUGCUGCUGCCCCUCCUUCUCCCUGUUUCCAUUGGUUGAUCAUUGAAUCUGCGCUCCACAGAUGCUGGCUGUUUAUGUCUGGCGUGCACGUGCUUAACUCCAGGUCAAACUACUCGGAGUUGUUAAAACCGUCUCAAAUCAGGUGUUGUGAAACCGGAAACUCAGAGUUUCCGAACUCAGAGUAGAUCAACUCAGAGUUAAGGAUUUAACUGUAUGACAUUUAAUGCUUAAAAUCACUCUGAGGUAGCAGACCAGAUGAUUGACAGCUGGCCUAAAAACAGCUAAUUUGACUUUUUUCUUCACUGACAGUGUCUUUUACACAAAGAGACAACAGGAUGAGUUUUUUUUUUCUCCUGAAUACACUACUUUUACUUGCACAGGACAAAAGAUAAGAGGUUUGACUUUGUCCAGAGGAGAGGCGCCAUAGCAACACAAACCAAAAGUUCCUUACUGUAGCUUUAAAAUGAAACACAAACAGAAGAGAGAAGAAAUUCCUCAUUCUUUAGAGGAUGUAUAAUGAACGAUUUAAAUGAAUAACUUAUCUGUCAAAAUUGUUUCCUUUUUGAUUUUCCAGCUGAAUAAUAAUUCAGUUUCUACUUCUUUGCCUCUUUUCUGUCUUCACGCCCUGCUUUUGUCAGUCUCCCAACCCGUAAUUUGCUUUGUCUCAUUUUAACUGUUCUUUUGUAUCUGCCUUCCUCUUCAUGAGUCCAUCUGUGACCUAUUGUGUAACACUCAGUUUUACUGUCACUGCAUUAGCUCCUCUGUAUGGGUUAGGGUUGGGGUGCAUCUGGGUGUCUGUUAAUGUGCUUUCACUGUUUGCUCAGCAUUCAUUAGCCAAACUAAACUAAAGAAACUUGAUGGAAUUGGUGUAAACAUUUACCUUCUCCCAGCCACUUAAAUCAGGUGUCAGUUAAACAAAAAGAGAUUAUUAUUUCAGUUCAUGUAUCUGACUGUCUUACCUUUGCAGGAUCUUGGUUUGGCUCAGAACACCGCCACCAACACGAAGACACCCGUCCCUCUGGGCUCCCUCGCCCACCAGAUCUUCAGAGUCAUGUGUUCCCGUGGCUACGCUAACAAGGAUUUCUCAUCCGUCUUCCAGUUCCUGCGUGAGGAGGAGAGCCAGUGAAUGGAGAGAGAACACAGUGGACUGUGAUGUUACCAUACACACACACAUAUACACACACAUAUACAUACACACCCCAGUGACCCUUAUCCCACUAUGCUCAGGAGAGACGUAGGCCUUGCCCUCAGGCACAGAUCUGCGGUCCAAUUAACAUACUGUAUGUCGACGUGUGUCCCCUCAUCGCAUUAGCUGAAUCAUAUUUACAAUCCUCGGCUCGCCCUCUGCAUGGUGGAAAUGCUAAAACUGACCUUAGACCAGUAUCUAGAGACAAAGCCGACGCUCUUCCCAGUCUGAGCUGAGAGGCCAGAGUGGAAAAUGAGAGGUAGGAUGAGGCGCUGCAAGGUUUUGUGUAACAAUGCAAAUAAUAUGUGGUUUUUUUCAGAAUGAUUGAUGAGUAAUAAGUGCAUGAUUGUUCAGAGUUUAGGUACGCUUUUGUUGGGUUUGCGCUUUUUGCCUGUGACCCAUAUGGUUCAGAUCAGUCCUGAGGAAAAAAACACACAAUCUGCAGUAAGGGUUUAUAUUCUGAUCAAGUGUAAUUGAGGAGACAGUGCAAGAGAGUGCAAAAGUAAAUAUUAAAAUUUUCUUUUUACUGGAACUACAGAGCCCAUGUUCACAGCACUACAUGUAAGGUAACCAAAACUGACCCCACUGUUGGCUCAUUGUUUACUCGUUUUGUUACAUCAGUCUGUUUAUUUGCUGGAAGCUGCCAAUUUUCUGUACACUUAUAUUUGUUCAUUCCACUUUUCAAACAUUCAGAUUUCAUUAUUUACCUCAAGAAAACACGACAGUUACAUCUCUCAGAUCUCUGGUACGUUGAGCAUCAUUUGACCAUCACUUCUCACUGGUUCGCUCGGUUCUGCUCAUUUAAAAAACUGUGAUAUAUAUUUUCAGGCAUUUUUUAAACUGUGUGCAUCGCAGUGCGAUGUGCCGGGAAAUUUUGAUACAGUUACAGAAACUCUUUGACCUUACCUCUCUUUACCGUCUACCGCUGCUUUUUGAGCCACUGGAGUAUUAUUUUAUGACCAAUGCUGUUUCAAUUUUAUACUAUUCACUACAAACUUGCUCUUACUGUCUAGCACUUUCCGCCAUCUUUACUUUAAUUAAAGUCUAUCCUCAGAUAUUUCUCCUCUCUCUCUCUCUGUCUGUCUCUCUCUCUCUCUCAGCUUGUUCAUCAUCUGUGAAAAAUGUGUGCGGGGAACAGCUCCUUCCCUGCCUGAGCAAAUGUAUAUAAUGUAUAUUUCAUAUUGUUGUGUAGUAUUGAAGAGGACUCUAAAUGGGCUGUCACUUUUUUUUUAGUAAAACUCAUCGCUAGUGUCUACAGUUUGUCGUUGCUCUGUGAAACGGAUCAUCAGUCAUGCUGUAGCCUAAAAUAAAAGAUGUUCUGUGGA